ACGUUCUUGACGAAGAAAAAAGUGAAAGCUAGAAGUAUUAAAAGAUGGCCUCGAUCAUACCGUUGUAAUCGUCCUACAUUACGGAGCGUUCUUUUCGCAAACCCCGCAAUAGAAUACGGUAGCAUUCGGCCCACAGUGAGCAGUGCGUUAUAAUGUUCCGCAGCCGUAGUUGGUUCGGUGGAGGAUGGAACCGUCCGAAGAAUCGUCUGUCGCUCGAUCAUCUAAAAUACCUGUACAGCGUACUAGAACGUAAUACGACGGUAUCGGAAAGCAACCGGGGGCUGCUGGUGGAAUCACUUCGUUGCAUUGCGGAAAUACUGAUCUGGGGCGAUCAGAAUGAUUCGUCCGUGUUCGACUUCUUCCUGGAAAAGAAUAUGCUGUCCUAUUUCCUGCAUAUCAUGCGCCAGAAGAGCGGCGGUUCCAGUUUCGUCUGUGUGCAGCUACUGCAAACGCUAAAUAUUCUGUUCGAAAACAUCCGCAACGAAACAUCGCUAUAUUAUUUACUCAGCAAUAAUCUGGUCAAUUCGAUAAUCGUACACAAGUUCGAUUUCUCUGACGAGGACGUGAUGGGUUACUAUAUCCUGUUUCUGAAGACGCUAAGCCUGAAGCUCAACACGCAUACGAUACACUUCUUCUACAAUGAACAUACGAACGAUUUCCCCCUGUACACCGAAGCGAUCAAAUUUUUCAACCACCCAGAGUCGAUGGUACGCAUUGCCGUGCGUACGAUAACCUUGAACGUGUAUAAGGUGCAGAAUCCGAACAUGCUGCAGUUUAUCCGCGACAAAACGGCCGCACCGUACUUUAGCAAUCUGGUAUGGUUCAUCGGCAAGCACAUCCUGGAGCUGGAUACGUGCGUCCGGAACGACAUCGACCAUCAAUCGCAACAUCGGCUGGCAAACCUGGUGGCGGAACAUUUGGAUCAUCUGCACUAUCUGAACGAUAUUCUCUGCCUCGAUAUUCCCGACCUGAAUGCCGUCCUCACCGAGCACCUGUUGCACAAGCUGUUUGUGCCGUUGUACAUCUUUUCCCUCACGCCAUCGCCCCCGAUCUCGAUGGCCGUCGUGACGCGCAAUCUCGCGGCCGUCCUGAACAAAGUCGUCGACAUCGACAUCAAGGAGAUGAACAAUCCGCGCGUCGCAAGCGUCGUUGCGCUGUUUCUCCUGUCGCUGGUGUUUCUCGUCGUGACGCAUCGCCCGUUGAUCAAUGCGCUUACGUGGGUCAUACUGAACGCGGAUCAUACCGUGUUCAAGGAGGGCGCGGCACAGGUGCUGAACGCCUACAUCGAUAACCGGGAGGUGGUUGCGUUGGGGUUCGUACAGCCGGUCGAGAGUUUAGAGGAGGCGCUGGGAAGUACGGUAGCUUCAUCGUCCUCAUGGGCGCACGGUGGGGACGAUCAGCAUCAUCGGUCCGGUGAGGAGCCGGGCAAUAAGAGCCCAAAUAGCAGCAGUAGCAGCAAUAGCAAAAGUGGGAAUAGUAAUGCUAGUAGCAGCAGUACUUCCACUAAUGAUCCACCCAUAUCGAAUUCUCCUAGUCCGCCAACGCUCUCCGAAGAGAUUGAAAAAGUCAACAUCACGGAUGAGGAAAAGGAAAAACUACUUUUCAACGCGUACCGUACGCCGGAAACGAAUCGACCCUUCCUGGACAUGGUCCUAUCGUCUCUGGAUUGCAACGAGAACGAUUUUCUCGCCCUCCUAUCGUUGUGCUUGCUGUACGCGCUAGCCAACAAUAAAGGCGUCAACUCGGAGUGGUUAGAAAUUGUGCUGAAUCGAUCGUCACCGGCCAACCGUACUCAGUACAAUAUCAUACUGAUCGAGAAACUGCUGCAAAUCGUCAACAUUUCAAGUCAACCAUCCUGUCGCAUACGACUUGUUACCACCGAGCUGGCACUAACGCUUCUUGGGCAGGUCAUUGGUGCGGGAGAAGAUGCUACCACCAUCCCGGAGGAGUACCGAGCUUCCCUAAACCAAGCGCGCAAUCAGGCGAUGAAUGUGUUGAAGAAUUUCUACAAAUCAGAAGACAUUUUUCUUGACCUUUUUGAGGAUGAGUACAACGAAAUGGUUAAAAGUACAUUAAACGUAGAGUUCCUCUGUAACGAUUCGACCAUCCUGCUACCGCCCACCGGUACGCCACUCACGGGAAUCAGUUUUACGCGCCGUUUGCCCUGUGGCGAGGUCGAAAAGGCACGCCGUGCCAUACGCGUGUUCUUCCUGCUGCGUCGCAUGUGCCAGACGCUAGCGGGCGAGAAGGAGACACUGCUUCCGCUCACAAACCUCGCGCAAUGUGUUCAAAUAGAUAAUGCGUUGGAUUUGAAUAAUAGCGAUCUGAUAGCUUGCACCGUGGUUAUGCGCGAUGGAACAAAGUACCGACGGUUUCUGGUUAUGGACAUCCUGCAGCUAAUUCUCGUUGAACCGGACAGCAAACGGUUAGGCUGGGGUGUAGCAAAGUUCGUAGGGUUUCUGCAGGACGUCGAGGUGAACGGCGAUAAGGAGGAUUCGCGGAGCCUUCACCUGACCAUUCACCGCGGCGGAGCGACCAACAACCGGACGCCCAUCCUGUCGGCUAAGUUUAUGUUCGAUGACCACAUCCGGUGUAUGGCGGCGAAGCAGCGACUCACGAAGGGGCGCAGCAAGGCUCGGCAGAAGAAAAUGUUUCAGAUCGCUCAACUGCUUGAGAUACCGGGGCAGCUAACCGAAUCGUCCUUUCCGUCGCUGACCGCUGCUGGUGGCUCGGCAGCUAGCACACCCUCGGUAAGGCACGGCACCGGGGGACGUCAGACGCGGGAACAUAGGCCUCUGUUUUCCACCAGCAACCGUGUGCCGGGUGUUGCCGCUGCACUGCGUCGUGACAGUAUGCCAUCGGGUAGCGUAAGUCGUGUCCAGAUGAGUACGAGUCGCUCAACCGAAGGCGAACCCACCGGAGCACGACGUAAACUAACGACUGGCGCAACCAGACGCGAAAGCAGCCAACCGAUCGGUGUUGGUUCGAGUCAGAUAAAGUCGCGGGACAAUUCGCGCAACCGUUCGGGUACGCCGCGUUCGCGUGAAUCGAGCCCACGCAUCCCGCGACCUCGGUCGGAGGAAAUACCAUUGGAAGAUUUUCGCCGUUCGCAAAACUCUAGCCCCGUCUCGCGUAACUCCUCAAAUAAUCCAUCGCGCUCACAUACGCCCUCACGAUUAUCACUCGAACCGCUGAGUGUGGUCAAUAUCUCGCCCAUGGGUGCAGGUAACGGACACGGCGGAAAUGGAGGCAACGGUAUGCUGAGUGUUGCGGUCAAAGAUGCGACCAUUAUUCCAAAUGUCGUCACCGUCGGUACGGUAUCGGUAUCGGUAACGGUAGCCCCUGGGGCUCCAACAGCUCUUACCGUGCCGCUUGAAUUGAGUCCAACAUCCGAGGAAACUUCGUUCAUCGCUAGUGAGGAGAGACAGAAAAAGCGUGGGGUCAUCGAGACGGUUUAAACAAUGUAUGGUUCAUAGAAACAAAAAAAUCGUUCCAUUACUCUCAUUGCAGCAAGAGCAUGUUUGUUAGGGAUUUAUUCUUUUUUAUAUUUAUUUCUGUUGCUAUAACAAGUAGAUUUUAUUGUUGAGAUUUUAAAUGUUCAGUUUGGUUAGGCAAAUCAAAAAUAAAAAAAUGGUGGAUCUAGUGUAAAUGUA